AUGCCCCCAUUACACGAUGACAGCGCGGCAGAUGCGCCCCUCAUUACAGCACGCGAAGGCGAAGACGAAGACGACAGCCACUCCGCCUCAACAGCGACGUUCGAGUCCUCGGGCAACGCUUUCGUCUGGGCAUUGACACUGUCCGCAUGUGUUUCAGAUCUUCUCUUUGGCUUUGACACCGGCGUUAUCAGUGGAACCUUGGUUUCAAUCGGAACAGACCUCUCCUCUCGCACUUUGACGACCCUAGACAAAGGACUUAUCACAUCCUGUACGAGCCUUUUUGCUUUGAUUGCCAGCCCUGUCGCCGGUGUAUUGGGAGAUAAAUGGGGCCGAAAGAACAUCAUACUCGGUGCAGAUGCACUGUUCACUAUUGGUGCUCUUUGGCAAGCAUUUACAAGUUCAGUCUGGGGCAUGAUCUUGGGCCGCAGCAUAGUCGGCCUGGCAAUUGGUGGUGCAAGUCUUAUUGUCCCCUUGUACAUCUCGGAACUUGCACCUGGACAUCUACGUGGUCGGCUGGUCACUGUGUCCUUGCUCUUCAUUACCGGAGGCCAAGUCGUGGCGUACGUGAUCGGCUGGGUCUUCUCAGCCCGAGUCUCUGGUUGGCGGUGGAUGGUUGGCCUGGGUGCUGUUCCAGCGAUCGCUCAGCUGUUCAUGCUGUUGGUUAUGCCUGAGACGCCUCGGUACCUUGCGAAAGCACAGCGUGAAACAGAGGCUAAGGCGGUGCUUGCAAAAGUUUAUAGUGGCAUGACGGUAGACACCACGAAGUUGGUCAAUCAGACCAUGCUCGCUAUCAAGAAAGAAAUCCUCGACGAGGAAGAAGCCCACAUCAGUAUUAAAAGCACCUCAGGCUCUCGCUUCUUUCCGCCGACCCUGCAAUCACUGCUACUACAUCCACCGCACACUCGCGCUCUGACCAUUACAUGCUGCUUACAGGCCCUGCAACAAGCCUGUGGGUUCAACACUUUGAUGUAUUUCUCCGCCACGAUCUUUCAGUUGCUUCGGUUCACCUCGCCAACCCUUACAUCACUCAGUGUUGCCGGAACCAACUUCAUCUUCACCAUUGUGGCAUUCUACCUGAUUGAUCGGGUGGGACGGCGGAAGAUCCUACUGAUCACAAUCCCAUUCAUGGUCGUAGCACUACUUGCGUGUGCUGCAAGUUUCACGUUUGUUCACCUACCCAGUAACGACGACGGGAGCGACGGUGAUUCUCGCCUCCCCGCAAUCAGCAUCCUCUUUUCUAUUCUGCUCUAUGUGUCUACAUAUGCGACAGGGCUAGGGGUUGUGCCCUGGCAGCAGUCCGAGAUGUUUCCCCUCAGUGUACGCUCAGUCGGGUCGAGUUUAGCAACAGCCACCAAUUGGGGGUGCAAUACCAUCGUCGGCCUGACAUUCUUGCCCAUGAUGGAUCUCCUGACCCCGCAAUGGACAUUUGCAUGCUAUGCGGUUGUGUGCGCGGUUGGUUGGUGUGUGAUAUGGCGGAUCUAUCCUGAGACUAUGGGACUGGCGCUGGAAGAGGUCGGGGAUCUAUUGAAGGACGGGUGGGGGGUGAAAGAAAGUAUGGAUAGGCUUAAGAGGAGAAAAUGA